GGUCUAUUUUUAGGGUUUCUAUUAUCAUCGACAAGGGCAACGAACUGUGCUAUAUUGUCAUUUCUUCCGCCGCGGCGGCUCUUGAUCUCCUCCGUCUUGAGGCAAAGCUUGCGAACGAGACAUGGUGCAUGUCAGCUUCUACCGCAACUAUGGGAAGACCUUCAAGAAGCCCCGCCGGCCCUACGAGAAGGAGCGGCUGGACGCGGAGCUGAAGCUGGUGGGUGAGUAUGGCCUCCGGUGCAAGCGCGAACUGUGGAGAGUCCAGUACGCAUUGAGCCGUAUCCGGAACGCUGCCAGGGAGCUUCUCACCCUCGACGAGAAGAACCCCCGCCGGAUCUUUGAGGGCGAGGCCCUGCUCCGGAGGAUGAACCGUUACGGACUCCUGGGGGAGGGUCAGAACAAGCUCGAUUACGUUCUUGCGCUUACUGUGGAGAACUUUCUGGAACGCCGCCUUCAGACGCUCGUGUUCAAGUCAGGGAUGGCCAAGUCGAUCCACCACGCUCGUGUACUGAUCAGGCAGCGACACAUCAGAGUCGGAAGGCAAGUUGUCAACAUUCCUUCAUUUAUGGUUAGAGUCGAUUCUGCCAAGCAUAUCGAUUUCUCAUUGACUAGUCCAUUUGGAGGUGGCCGUCCUGGAAGAGUUAAGAGAAAGAACCAGAAGGCUGCUGCAAAGAAGGCAGCCGGAGGCGACGGUGAUGAGGAUGAUGAGGAAUGAGCAUUAUGUUUAAGCAUUAACUUGAAUUAGUAGCUCUCUAUUUUUUAUUUUCCCAUUGAGUUUUCUAUCUAUUUAUUUUCAUUUCCAAUUCAGUAGUUUAACUUAUCAACACCAGUCAUUUUCUCAUUUUACUAAACAUGGAUUUUGAUGAUUAUUCUCAGAGAUUAUCAAGCUCCUUGUUUAUUUGCUUCAA